GUUAAAUGCUGGAAAGUAGACUGACCAUUUAGAGGAACAAAAAGACAAAAAAAAAUAUGUAGAUUUUAUACGCCUGUGGCACACGAAAAGCCGCGAAUGUGCAAAAAAAUGUGGCUUCCUGCACCACGUGCUAGAAGCCACACUAACUUUCCCAACAAAGAAAUAUAAAGUUGAAGUUGGCUUUUCAAACAAUGACAAGCCAACUAUUGGUUAACCUUGAUUACAAUGGUAAUCAACUUUAUGGACUUUAUGUACCAGCAACAACCUGAAGCUCAAUGAACAUUUAAAAAGCUGCAAAAAACUCAGCGUCAAAGUGAACAAUCCUCUCAAGACCUGACAAAAUGAGUGAAUCUAACAAUGCGUACAGUGCAUUUAAAUAUGAUAUGCAUUUCAACCUCAUUUAAAUGAAUAUCAUCCACAUUGUUUAAGUUGAAGUUCCUUUACACAUAAACACAUGGAACAUUACAACAAAAACAGUUCCUUUUUGCAUUAAUACUGGCCACACAAAUAGGGUUGAGGAACACCGUGUAGUCCACUCCAGGAGGGCUACUGGUAUUAGUCUGCUGGCAUCUUCACAACAUUAAAACUGUCUGAAAGAGUAAAGGGUACAACUCAGAAAAUGCAAACAGAAGAUGGAAAAACCACUGAAGGCAUUUACGAAAAUGCUGAAGUUAUAAGAACAAAAUUGGGAAAAGAGACCAACGAUUCCAACACAAUGAGACUCGAGUCACCUGAACUCACAAGAAGAGAUUCGGUGAAGAUCAGAGGAUACAGAGCUGCUGCAGUGUGUUUGGUGCUGUUGUGUGCUCUUCUGCUGACUGCAGUCAUAGUGUUGUGGGUCCACAUGGACACACAGAGAAAAAACUACACAGAAGAUAGACGACAGCUACUAACCAAGAUCAUCAACCUCACGGAAGAAAGACACCAGCUACUAACAAACAACACCGACCUACUUCAACUAAACGAACAUUUAGAAGAACUGAAAAAUAAGCUGUGGAACUUUACCCAAGAUGGAUGGAUUUACUAUCAGUUUAGUUUUUACUGUUUGUCCACUGAGGAGAUGAACUGGAAUGAGAGCCGAGCCAACUGUACGGAGAGAGGAGCAGAUCUGCUGAUGAUAAACAGCAAAGAAGAACAAGAGUUUGUGAAGAAAAUCGCAUAUCCCUAUAACAUCUGGAUUGGUCUGACUGACACUGAUGAAGAGGGCAUCUGGAAAUGGGUUGAUGGCAGCACACUGACUUCUGGUUUCUGGAAUGUUGGACAACCCAAUGGAAGAAUAAUACAGAACUGCGCUGUGUCUUCUUUAAUAUGGUGGGCUGAUACUCAAUGUAAUUUCACUAAUAAAUGGAUCUGUGAGAAGAGUAUUUUACCUGUCAUACUACCCUAGGUUCACAUACACUUUUUGCUUUUGAAAAAUGAAAAAUGUCAUGCCUUAAUGAUAAUGAUGCAAUAAACGUAAAUACUUUUGUACACCUAUAUACUGUAAUAGUUUACGAACCCAAAUUACCUGUUAAACAAGUCUUUUGUUUAGAUAAUGUGUUUAUUUUUUUUAUACUCAAACUAAGAUUCAUACAAAAUGGCAAAACUGUCCAAAUGAUAAAGUUUGUAUCUUUUAACUUAUACAUAUUAGUAGCUUUAUAGUGUGUGAACAGUGUUAUGCUAGAUUAGCCAGUAUACUGAGUCACUGAAAGCGGCCCCUUCUGUAGGCCGUGUGAAGCCCCCUUGUCUGCUCUGUCAUUUCCUCUACCUUCUAUUCUAUUUCACUGGCUGAUAACUAAGAACAUUAGUUUUAUGCCACUUGCCAGGCUCAAAUGAAAAGAGAGCUAACUUUAAUGAUGCCGCAAUUAAUCGCCCCAAUAGACAGACAGCUAAAAGACAAGAUAUUGACUUCAUUAAGGAUAAUGUAUUAUGUCAUUAAGUCAGCAGGGUCACCUUGUGUAUCAUACACGGCGGGCUAAUAUAUUGGCAUUUUCCUCAAAUAAGAUAAAUUCUGAUAUGAGUGAUAAAGCGGAUUAGAAAAUGCCUCAUCCAGUCAGGCAGAGAGGAGGCAGCAGUCCUCCUCCAGAAAGAAAACACAGCCCCAUUACUGAUCACUGCUUAUCACAUGGGCACAUUGAUUUGCACAGGCAAUUUAAUCAUUAUUGUUUCAGUCCAAUCUACAAAGAGAAAUGCUUCUCCUUCAGUGGGUGUGCCGAGUGCUGUGAAAUGUAUGGCACUAGAUUUUUUUCUCUCCCAUAUUCAAGAGUAUUUUAGAACCAUUCAGAAAACGUAAACAGUGUGUACUGAAAAAUGUGUGCAAAAAUGUUUUUUUUUUUUUUUUUUGGCCACA